CGGUUCCAGGAGUACUGCGCGACGCUUUACGAAGAAACAAUUUCCUCAUUGAGGCUAGAGCCGCUCAACGAGACUGUUAUUUUUAGAGCAAAAAGAUAAUUCCAAAGAUAGACGUCACGGAUUCCGUUAACGAACUGUUUUGCACUUAUGUCAGCGCUUUUGCGCCCGAUGACGCAUUACGCCAUGUAUUUUCGUUUUACUUGAGCCGGUCGCCUUUGACGUAGCACUACGUUUCUUACGUCUAAUCUUAGCAAUGUUGGUUGCUAUGCCAUGCUAGACACGCUCCCGCAGCACGUGAGUCGUUUUUCUUUCAAGUUUCAGCCGAUGCAUUCAUUUUUUGUUCGAUCUAAACGAUACUCUUUGUCCGAUCCUCGCCAGACGCGUCACGGGACGGAACGGUAUCGGAGCAGAAAGCGUAAUUAUAUUAACGGCGCCACAAGUGUCCGUUUCCUGCCAGAACCGCCGCACACGAAACUGGCAGCUCCGAUUGCAUACGCGUGCGCGUGCUUACGCGGAUUCGCGUGUCUGCACGCGUGCAGUCCGCCUGCAGUUCCGGCACGAGCCUCGCCACGCUUCUUUCACGGGCUCGCGAGUUUUCGUUCUUUCCUUCGGGUUUGCCUCGUCGUCGGUUAGUCAGUCGUCAACCACGUCAAACUAAUUCAUAUCAAAUACAAAGCUUCUCUAACUACUCAGCUCCAUGCUGUCCGCCGUUGCAGAAAUGCAACUUUGCGAAACAUUCUUUAAAUAUUAGGUAGGAGCGAGAAAGGUUCUCUCUCGGUGGGAUACGGGGACGCGAUUUGUUGCGGUACCACGAGAUUCGCGCGAUCCGAGAUGAGCGAGCGACCCUGGUAUUCGCUCCUGCGUGACGGCGACUCGAGGAUGAUGAUGUACAAGCAGGCGGAGUUCGAGGACGAGGACAACAGCAGCAUCGGGUCCGUAGCUUUGAACAGCGAGGGCAUCAGCACGUCCGCGACGCACAUUAGAUACCGUUCGGGGACGUCGCUGUGGAGAGCGAGAAGUACGUUGGAGAGAUGCCUUUUUAUCAUUUGCGCCGGCCUCUUGCUGAUGGUUGUGCUGCUGUCUAUUGUUAUCAGCAGCAAGAACGGUUGGAACGAGGCGCAGAUACUACACGUGACUUCUCACGGAGAAGACGGUACGUACUGCCUGACGGAGCACUGCGUGACCGUGGCGGCGUCCAGCAUAAACAGUAUAGAUCGGUCCGUCGAUCCGUGCGAAGAUUUCUACGAGUACGCCUGUGGCGGAUGGAUAAAAAAGAACCCUAUACCGGAUGGGAACAGCAUGUGGGGAACAUUCAGCAAACUGGAGCAAGACAACCAGUUGGUGGUCAAGAAUGUUCUUGAAAAACCAAUGAGCGACAUGAAGUCGAAGGCCGAGAAGAAGGCGAAGUAUUACUUCUUGUCGUGUAUGGACGCGAACGAUACCAUCGAGACGCUGGGCGCGAAGCCUAUGCUCGACUUGCUGGACACCAUCGGCGGUUGGAACGUUUCCGGAAAGUUCAAUCUGAGCGCUUGGUCCUUGCAGAACAGCAUGCAACUUCUGCAAAAUGUUUACAACAUGGACGGUUUGUUUACAUGGGCGGUGAACGAAGACGAUCGAAAUAGUACCAGACACAUUAUACAAAUCGAUCAAGGUGGUCUGACCUUGCCCACCGCCGACAAUUACUUGAACGUCACCGAAAACGGCAAAGUGUUGUUAGCAUAUUUGGAUUACAUGACAAAGAUCGGCGUGCUGCUAGGUGGCGAGAGGAACUCUACCAGGUCGCAGAUGCGGGAAGUGAUAGAGUUUGAGACGAAGCUGGCGAAGAUUAUGACUCCGCUGGAGGAACGCAGGGACGAAGAAAAGCUUUACAACUUGAUGUCGUUGGACGAACUUCAACGUAAAGCACCCUUCAUGUCCUGGGUGGAUUAUUUUCAAAACGCGACGCAUCUCGUUAACAAGAAAAUCAAUAGCAAAACGAUGAUCGUCAACUUUGCGCCGGAAUACUUCGUCAAGCUGUCGAAACUUGUGCUGGAGUAUAACGAGACGAACUCUGGAAAAGUAGUACUGAAUAACUAUCUGGUUUGGCAAACGGUGAGGUCUCUGACGGGGUGCUUGUCGAAACCUUUCCGCGACGCUUACAAGGGCCUAAAGAAAGCCUUGAUCGGCUCGGAGGGACGCGAGGAACAGUGGCGUUAUUGCGUCAGCGAUACGAACAACGUGAUGGGCUUUGCCAUCGGCGCGAUGUUCGUCAGAGACGUCUUCCACGGGAAGAGCAAACCCAUGGCGGAGAAGAUGAUUGAUCAAGUGCGCAGAGCUUUCACGAAGAAUUUGAAGAAUCUCGAUUGGAUGGACGCGGAUACCAGAAGAGCCGCAGAGGAGAAAGCGAACGCUAUUACUGACAUGAUCGGUUUUCCGAAUUUCAUUCUGAACCCCAGCGAGCUCGACAACCUUUACAAAGAUUUGACCAUCAAGCAGAACGAAUAUUUCCAGAAUAAUAUACAAGUGAAUAAGUACAAUUUGCGGAAGAACUUGGAGAAGCUCGAUCAACCCGUGAACAAGACCACUUGGAUCAUGACUCCACCCACUGUGAACGCUUACUACAGGCCUACCAAAAACCAGAUGGUCUUCCCCGCUGGUAUCCUGCAGAGUCCGUUCUACGAUAUGGAGAACCCUAAUAGCUUAAAUUUUGGCGGCAUAGGAGUUGUCAUGGGGCACGAGCUAACUCACGCAUUCGAUGAUCAAGGAAGGGAAUACGACUUACAUGGGAACUUGAAUCAAUGGUGGAACAACGCUACGAUAGAGAGAUUCAAAAAUAGAACGGAAUGUUUCGUGGAACAGUACAACAGCUUCGAGGUACACGGUCGUCACGUGAACGGACGUCAGACUUUGGGAGAAAAUAUUGCGGAUAACGGAGGCCUUAAAGCAGCGUAUCACGCGUACAUCACGAAGCCUAAAAGCUACAAGGAUCAGCUACCAUUACCUGGUCUCAAUCUAACGCAUCGUCAGCUGUUUUUCUUGAAUUUUGCUCAGGUCUGGUGUUCGGCUGCAACGUCCGAGGCGAUAGCUCUCCAAAUCGAGAAAGAUUCUCACUGUCCACCCAAGUACAGAGUGAUCGGUCCGCUCUCAAACUUGCCGGAAUUCGCCACAGAAUUCAAUUGUUCGAACGGCUCGCGAAUGAAUCCGGUACACAAGUGCGAGGUGUGGUAACGCGCCAUAUUUCGAUCGCUUUGAUUUCCGGUAUUGUGAACGGAGUCGUCGAAUGGCUCCGUUUUUAUUAAAUUCGUACGGUCAUCGAAUAACUCGAUGGAGAACGAAUUACUUAAAUCGGCCGAGAGCCAAUUCUACUUGUGGGUUAGCGAUUCGAAUCACGACGACGAAUCUUUGGGAGAUUUAGCGCAACGGCGACUGUCUUUACGAAUCGCUGGUACCUCGUGUAAAACGUUGAGACGGUUUGAAUUUAUUUCGAACGAUGUUACGUGAACGAGAGUAUUGAUUCCGCGACGCGAUUUUACUCAGACCGGUCAAGUACUUCCAUUUGUUGAAUCCCUGAUUGUUGAUUUACCGAGAGCCGAGAAGAUCGCAGCGAGCCAAACUUGCGACUCUGAAUGUUUGCAACGAAUAUGCCAGAGAUGCAAUUUUAUAUACCGAUCCAGGUCCGAAAUUUCUGUGAGUCGGAUGAGUCAUGAUGCAGAUUUCGACGUCUCGAUUUUAUCGGUCGUCAGGAUGGCCGCAAUGUCAGUGUUAAGGCACUAGGACCAUCGUAUGAAUUUAUUGAUCUUCUUAUAUAGCUACUUUAACGCGCCCAAAAGCGCCAGUUUUUCACACUAAUCAAUGUUCACUGUGGUUCAUCGUGAUCGAUCGAGGCAAUUAUUUACCGAACCGACCGACAUUGCACCGUAAGCGAACGUAAAGUCAUUUUUCACUUUUAUACUUGGAAUACAGUAUUAUUCGAUUGUCAGUCGAUUCGAGUUCACGAUACGAAAGAUUUAAAUAAAAUUUUCGCGACAACUCGUGCUUCUGGAACGCGCGUACAACAACGUUGCGUCGAAGAUCUAUGAAACUGAUAUAUCCAGGAGAACGUUUUAAUCUUACCUACGCGACAGUAUAUUACUUUCUUAUGUGCUAAGAUACAAAGGAUGAACUAUUAUUUAAGGUCGAUUUCACCUUCUUUUGCUCGCAUCAGGGAGAUUCUUAAAGAUCUCGAUGAGCCAUAGCGACCGUGAAUCGUAAGCGUGGUGCCAUAAUUUUUGCAGGCAGGAUCUAGCGUUAAGCUUAAGAAAUUUAAUUUUAUAAACAAGCUACGGGCUAGUUACAUAGAGCGGAGUUAGUACGUUAAUAUAGGGAGCGCGAUUUCACGCACUACGGGUGUUGAGACUAAAUAUUUUUAAAUGUGCUUAAGUGUAUAUUUUUGUUUUGUGUUUUGUGCAACUCAGUACUCGAGCGAAUCAAAAAGUUUUGUUUUUUUAUUCGUUAGAGAUGUAUAUCGCGGAUUGUAUACAGUAUAGGUAUAAACUAAAUUAUUAUCUAAUUUAAGAAAUUAUUUGUACAAAAUGGUGUUGAUAGCAGGUUUCCACGCGUCCACCUUCGAGAUCUUUCUAAUCAAACGAUUAUAAAGGACAAGAAAUGUGUAGUGAGUCUUUCGAGAUAAGUACACUGUAACUGAUACGUCUGUUAACGAUAUGCCGUGAAUCUUUAUUUUUGAUUGUUUCAAAGUAUUGUUAAGUAUAGUUAAUAGAAAGAAAGGCAACUGUGGCAGAUGUUGUAUACUUUAAGCGCGUACGAUGUUCGAGUGGUUCUUUUUAUACUCAUUUGGUGACGAAUGAGAACAAAAUUGUCAGCAAUCCCCUUUUCUGUGUAUGUUACAUUUAUAAACGAGCAAAGCUAGUUAUGUCAAUAAUUCGUCAAUGCCGAAACGCGAGAGAAUGAUACAACAAUUUUGUGCGUCGUGCGAGUAGUCCUUAGAGUGCGACAAUUAUUUCGAUUGCGCCACUAAUAUUAUACAUCAUUGGAGAUAUUUAUUAAUGACGCACGUGUAAAUCAAU